ACACAUUUAAAGAAAUGUUGAUGGAAGAAGGACUAUAUUUAUAAAAAUCAACAUUUCACUCUUAACUGAACUUUAAAUAUAUAAAUUCUUAUGAUAAAUGUAAAGUGUUUUAGUUCAGUUUUAAGAAGCACGUGUCAUCACUGAGUAUAUCACUGGAUCUUUUAAUUAAAAAAAAUACAUAUGCAUGUAUAUUCAAGCAAAAAUAAGAUGAACGAGACAGUAAACAACGAGUCAGAUGGCGGCCAGAUUGGCGUACAAACAGCUGAAAUCUUGUUGAGUCGUGGGGAUCAAUGGGUAUACCUUGCAAUUGGUCUAGUCACACUUGUCAUCGCAACUGGUUGUGCAGGAAAUGUAAUGGUUUUGUUAGCAAUUAGAAAAGUAAAGAAACUGCAAACAGUGUCAAAUAUCUUUGUGAUGAACCUGUCGGUCUGCGAUUUGCUUAGUGUUGUAUGCGUACUACCCUUCAAUAUAUAUACAUAUAUAGCUGAUGGAUGGUUUAUAGAAACGUAUUUAUGUAAAUUUAUAGGAUUUCUAGGGUACACAUUAACUGGAACGACAAUUAUAACUAUAACCUUGAUAGCAUACAAUCGAUGCAAGCUUGUACUGGAUCCAGGUUGCUAUAAGACAUUGUACACAAACAGGAACAUUACUAUAAUGUUAGCUAUUGCUUGGUUUGUACCAGUCCUAUGUUUAGUUCCAGCGCUGACAGGCGUUUGGGGGAAUUUUGGUUAUGUUGCAAUGAUGGUAUCAUGUAAUUUAUUACUGGACCACAAGAAUCAGCUUUUUAAAAUAUUUCUUAUGAUUGUCAGAGCGGUGAUUCCAUGCGUACUUAUUGUCUAUUACUAUGUGAGAAUAUAUCAUACCACGUUGAGAAGUCAUCACCGUUUAAAACAGAAGAGUCGACAGCUUUCGUCGCUUGGUAUUCAUAACCAGCGAUUAGAAAUGCGCAUGACAAGAAUGAUGUUGAUAAUAUUUAUAGUGUUUGCUCUUUCCUAUUUUCCAUGUACAAUUACUGGUAUUGUGGACUGGAAUACAGUUUUAUCGAAGCAGUUUCACAUGUUUUGCCAGUUAUCUGUAUGCAUAGGAAGCGCUAUAAACCCUCUCAUAUAUGGAUUGAUGAAUUUGCAGUUUAGAAAUGCAUAUAUCCGAAUAUGUUGUUGGAAGAAACUACCAGAAACGGAACUGAAAUCAAAGACACUGAACCGCAUAUGAUCUAAGAUAGUUUCAUCCGGAGACGAACAGCCAAAACAUAUCUGUAUACCUCUGAUAGAUCAACUUCAAAAUUUGAAAUGAAAAACCGGGUAAUGCAUGUAGUUAUUGUGAAAUAUUUAAAGUAUAUCGAACAAUAAAUAACUUGAUAUAUCCGUUGUAGAAGUCAGCAGAUAUAAAGACUAAUUUUUUUUCGUUUUCUAUAUUAUUUUACAUGAAUUGAAAACAGAUUUGCAGUUAUCAUCAACAUAUAAUGCAUUUGAUCACUGCAGGGUGAUGAUUGUUUUACCUUUAUAAUGUGAAAUUUGAACUGCAUAAAGCAAUUAUGAUUAUUAUCUUGAGAAUGGUUAUAAGGAAUGAGUCAAGAGACAACAACCCGACCAUAGAGCUGAAACCAGCAGAAAGCCACCAAUGGGUAUUCAUUACACAGCGAUAAAUCCCGCACCCGGAAUCCGGCUUCAACUGGAACCUAAACAAAAAUGUGCACUAGUUCAAUGAAAAUGGACGUCAAACUAAACGUCAAAACAUAUGCAUGAUCUAAAGUUAAAAAAUAUAUACAAGUCUAACAAAGAACAGAGGCUUCAGACUUGGGAAAGUACUUGAUACCUCUAGCUAAAGUAAAAUAAACAAUCACACAGCAAUAAUAUAAACGGUAUCAGUUUUCUGCACCAGAUGCGCAUUUCAUCAAUUAAUGCCUCUUCAUUGAUUUGCGAGGUCUGAAUUAUUUGAAAAUCCAAAAUUUGUUAACAAUACGAAGAGCUAUAAACUUAAAAGGAAAAACGAUUAUAGCCAAAGCCAUGGCUUUGCAUGCGGGAGAUAUACUUUCCUUAUAUUUGAAUAAUUUGACUAACACAAAACCAAUACGCACAAUCAAACUCAGUUUAAAAGAAGUCCGAUGUCAGAAUAGGUAACAAAAGAAAUUAAGCAAAAAGACAAUGAUACAUAAAUUAAUAAACUAUUAUCAGCCACUGACAUGCCAUCUCCAGACUUCAAUUAAAUUGAUUGAAAGGUUAUGUCUUUAUCAUGUGAAAACCAAGCUCAAUCCCUGCCGAUAGCGGUUUAGUACCAUGUAUGCAAACAAAUUGGAUUUAAAAUAAAUGUGUAAAUUACCGAUUCAAGGACCAUAUGAGCAAAUGUAAUUGCA